CAACUUACACUUGAAACACAAUGUGUCUUUGCUACAUACUGAAGGUUUGCAACUUCUUUGCCCGGAAACUGUUCCCGCAGUCGAAGCCGAAGGAGCUGCGCAUGCUCGUUCUAGGACUCGACAAUGCAGGCAAGACAACUCUAGUUUCCCGCCUGGGCGAAGAGGCAGAAGGAGCUGAAAUAACAUCCUCCUUCGGCGGAGCACUGCAAGAAUUUAAAAUAAAGGGCGUCAAGUUGCGUCUUUGGGAUCUCAGCGGUCAGUGGGGGAAUCGCCAGAUCUGGUGCAAUUAUUACAGCAGCACAAAUGCAUUGAUUUAUGUUAUAGAUAGCACCGAUGCACAGCGUCUGGGCGAGGCUCGUAGCGAGUUAUGUGAAAUGUUGCUGGACAAGCGUCUGGAUGACGUGCCGCUACUGAUACUGGCAAAUAAACAGGAUCAGGUUGGUGCUCUGCCCACAGCCGAUGUGGCCGAGCUAUUGGGUCUAACCCGUCUCGAAAAGCGCAACUGGAUUAUACAGGACUGUUCGGCAGUAACAGGCAAUGGCUUAGAGCAAGCAAUGGAGUGGAUAUAUCAGACCAUGGAAACCUAAAUACAAAUAAACAGCAAAUUCUUAUACAUAGCUACGAAAGCCAAAACUUGAAGAGACCCAGAGAGCCAGACACGUAACUAAAAAGCGUCGUAAAUUUAUGUAAUGAGCACAAUGCAAUCCAUUCUCGUUUAAUAAAAUCAAAGCGAAACCAAACCAAA